CUCAAACGGAGACUGGGGCGCACCAGAGAAGGAGAGCAGGAAUUGCAGAGGCAGAGGCGCGCGGGCGCACGGUCAUUUUCGCCCUCCCGCAUACCGGGGGAGUCCCACAUCUGUGCCUCCACCGGAGCGCAGGCGUUUAACCAGGCUUUCGGGUGCAGACGCUGAUGUUGAGCCAGAGGAGCGGCUCUUAACAUUUAAGUGGGUGGACGGUUCCUCCAGCCGAGGCGCAGCGGAGGAGCUCAGAUGAAGCGGGGACACGACGCUCGGUGACGGAUCCCAGACCCGGGCGACAAGAGGGACUGAUCCCCGCUCCAGCCAGCCUGCAGCCCCGCCAGGAUCUCCCUUAUACCAGGGCAACCAUGGGCAGAAGACAGAGGCAGGGGAAAGAGAGAGAAAAGUCUGUGAGCUCUCCACUGCAGUAUUGAUGACCCAAUGAUCCCCUGCAGAACAGAGCCAGUCAGGCAGACCGAGUCAGACUCAGCUCAGAAUCAGAAAAACCACGGCAGUUCGGUCGGAGCAACCAACGGAGUGGGGUAUGAAUGGUGUUAAAGCUUUCUGCCCCUCCGAGCUGUUGAAAUUGUCGUGCAUAGACAGCUGAAACAAUCUCUCUACAUCCUGACUGAAUACCUGCAGAACUGUUCACUGAAUGAGUGGCUUGUCAGAUCCUCUUCAUUCAAGCCAAACUGGCGCUCCAACAGGUCUUGGGAAGACUCAGACUGAGAAGAAGGGUUGUGUUAUUGGACUGGAGGGACUGGAAAGACCUGAGUGCUGGACAGGGGAGCUCACACUCCAUGGGGCAUUCCAGGAUCCCUUUCUUGAAGGACUGGCCCUUGUGACCUCUGACAUUGCCCCCACCUCUCCGUCCAUCCUGGAAACUGGUGCUUAUCUGCAGGAAAGGCUGGGGCACUCCACAUACCUGCGGAGUCACUCUGAGACCUGCAUGACAGCUGAGGCGCACACCUUUUCAGAGACUCUCAGAAACAUGCAAACACAUGUAGAUCCAGAAGUGGAUGCAGAGGCUUUCUCAAACCCACACAUGGACAACUGUGGACUUGUGGAAAUCAACAAUGGCACAGAUUCUAUAGACUCAGAACUCUGUAAAACUCUCACACUAGAGGCCAUGAACACAACUUCACCUCAGACUUUGCCUUUGGCGAUUGGCAAUCAUCCUGCUCCUACCAAUCCCCUGGAGGCCCCAGCCCAGACUGUUGAGUUUAAUGCACCCUUAAACUAUGGUUCAGUCCACUCUGAGCCUAACCCAAUAACGGAUUCUUCCUCUCUCCCUGUGGAGACAGAGAAGAAGUAUGCACUCCGCAGCUCGGGGCGUCCUCGCUUCCCCUUGCACCUGCGCAAAUCAUCUCGCCUGCAUAGAAACAUGGAGGAUGGGGGAAAAUUAGGAAGCAGAGACCGAGGAAGAGAAGAGGAGGAGCCAUUAGAGGAGAAGAUCUGGAGGGUAAAAGAGGAGGAAGUCACUCCUGGUGUUAAAGAAGAGCAUUCUUCUGUUGAGGCUGUUCUACCAGCACCUACCUACCAUAAAGACAACUCUCUUACUCCUCUUGAACCUAAACCUGCUCCAAAACCUCUUCUUAAACCUGGACCAAGACUCGGGCACAGACCUGGACCAAAAUCCAGGUGUAAGCCUCCUUUGAAAUAUGUGCAUAAAGCAGCUCCUAAGAGCAUUUUAAAGCAGCGUCUGGCAGCACAGGCCCUCCGCCAGUGUGCUGCCUCUCCUCUUUCCUUUGAAUCUGCACCUUUGUUGGCUACGAAGGAAGAACCUGAUGCAGACUUGGGGGUAUGUCCUCCCAGCAACAGCAAAAAAAGGCGUUAUGUUGGUGUAAGGAAGAUUGUUGUAAAGGUGCCUCGGAUUCCUUUCAGUCUCAGCCGUCGACAGAAAAGCUACAAAAUUUCCAGUUUGGAAACGGUUACAGGAGCCGAAAAGACUAACGACGGCAGUCCAGAAGGGUCUGAAGCAACACGAGAGCCAACUGCACUUCUCCGAAUGAAGAAUAAUGGGAAAAGCGUUAUGGUAAUGUUCCCUCCUGGAGAACUUCCUGUGAUUCUCAAACGCAGACGAGGAAGACCGCCUAAACAGCCUUUACCAGGAAUACAGGUUGAAGCUCCUAGUGCUGGGACUGCUGCUGUUCCUGGGGAACUGCCCAAGAAACCUAGGAGACGACGUCGGACUAAACUCCCUUGUCCUUAUCCAUCCUAUGUUAAUGACACAAAUGAUGUAAAAACAGAAUAUGGGGACGUUCUCUCCAAAUUGGCUUUUUUAAACCGCCAGCCCCCAGCCACUGGCCGUUGCUCCCCUCCUCGCUGUUGGACACCAAGUGAGCCAGAAAGCUUUCACACACCCUUGGAAAACCCUGGAAUAUCCACCCUGCUCCACAGGCUCACAGGAUCUAGACGCCCCAGAGGUGGCAGAGGAGGGGGGCUUGGAAGAGGUGGAGGAGCAGCAGGGGGUGUAAUGGGCAGUGAGUGCAAUAAGAGCACAUUCAGUGACUUCUUUGAGUCAAUUGGAAAAAAACGGAAACUGAAUCUCCUGUCUCAGCAUGGAUUACCGAGGAAAAGACGAAAGGGGGUGGGAGGAGGGGUGGGUAGGGGAGGGGGUAUGGUGGGAACGGAAACUGGAGGCGAGAAGGUUGUUAGACGGAGACGUAUGAGAAAAAAUGGUGCAUUUAAAGGGGGAGGGAUGUCCAUGGGACAGGAAUGGCCCAAUGGGAUGGGUGGAUGGGACGAGGAGGGGGCUAUGGAUAAAGAUAGAGUUUUUGGUGGAUAUCAACUCUGUGGAUCUCCAAGAGGGGGCUUUUCUAGUUGUAAUGUUGGACGAGGAGGUUCCUACAGUGGUCCAGGGGGUAGCAAAGGGAGUGGGCUUGCAGGAGAGGACUCACAAGGACUAUUUGCUGGUUAUUUCCGAUCCCUACUUGAUUCUGACGACUCCUCAGACCUGCUGGACAUUUCUUCCCAGUCUGAUCCUCGCAAAUCUUCAUCUUCUACCUAUGAUCCAUCCAGCUCAGCUGCCUCUCACAACUGGUCUCCUCCAUUUCCCAAAUGGAGCACAAAAGGAGCAAAUGCAGGAGUGGAGGGUUCAGCACAUCCUCAUGGCUCCUGUGCGAGGUCUCCUUACACCUAUGGAAGUUUAGCCCAAAUAUCUCCCACUACAUCCUCAUAUCCUAAAUCCACUCCUCCAUCUCUCUCACACUCUCCCAGCUCCCCCCAUCCAGCCUCUUAUGGUCACUACCCCUCUGGUUACUCAUGUUCCCCUCCCGUAGGGCCGCAAAGGACCUCGGACUGCAGCUUUGGAUAUGGGUCACCCCAUGGCAAUGGCAAAGGGACUCCUGCCAAUCAAAUGGGAUAUUCUAAUUUCCAGGGAGCCACCAAGAGAGGUUACAGUGGUUAUCCAGCAGUAAGCCAUUCCCCGAUGGGGAGGGGGGAGUCAGCAGGGCCUACAUCACCUGGAGGAGGUUACAUGUCCGUAGCCAAAGGUAGCCCCUUCAGCUCCCCUGGACUAGAGGGUUACAAGCAGCACACAUCCAACCAGUGGAGCUGCAGGCAACCUUUUGGCGGCUGGUCAGCAGACAACUUUGGGUCUCAGUACCAUGGUUACAGUGAAUAUGGCUCCAGUGAGUCUAAAGACAUCUUGGAUAUCUCAAACUACACCCCACAGAAAGCUAAACGACCACCAUUUCCUGAGAGCCUGUCAGAAUCCUCCUCGGACUCCUCACAUGUUGGCUCAACAGCUCCUGUUACCGGACCCAGCUCCACUGGUGGCAGCUUUAAACCAAACGAGGCCAGCUCAGUGAGUGGAGGCCAAUCUAGUCUGUCUAGUCUAGAGAAACUAAUGAUGGACUGGCAUGAAAGCGCAUCAGGACCUUCGUACAACUGGAGCCAGGAUGUCCUUUUUCAAGGUGGGGGGGCAAGCAAACCUGGCCGUGGUCGCAGAAAACGGACUGAUCCGCAUUUAGAGAAGGAAGGAGGUUCUGCCUUACAUUCUGAUUCCCCAUCUAGUCCUUCCCCUACACCUGCUCAUGGACAUAAGCGGGGAGGGGGUGGAGGACGGGGAAGAGGCUCUAGAGGAGGUAGAGGAGGCCUAUCUCCAUGCCAGAGAGAGCGUCCAAGUGGAUCCAAAGUCAGAGGCAAGGCAACCUCUGCGACAGGAGCAGGACUGAUGAUGUCUGCUGGAGGCCCAGAGGGGUCUGUGUUGUUCCAGGAGGGGCUGGAUUAUUACAGUGGAGACAGUAGCAGUCUCUCACCCUUGGCCACUCCUAAUCCCGCUCCACCCUCUAGCUACCACCAGGACACCUGUGAGUACCCGUCCCCUUACUCGGCCCAUCCCUCCACACCAUCCUCUGAAGAGCGAUAUCCAGCCUUAUACCCUGGUGAAUCCUCCUCUUCCCUCUCACCCAGUGUGUCAUCUCCCCCUUAUCCUCCCAAACCCACCCCUCCUCCCCCCCAGUCCUACCACCUUCUGCCGUCCAGGACCUUUUCCCCCUCCUGCUCCCCCUCACCUCGUUUAACCCCCCACUGUGGCACAGCGCUCAGCCCCUCUCCCCGUCCUCCCCCAAAAGACCCUCAGUUUUCGCAGUAUGACUCCCCCAGCUACUGCAGCUCUCCUUACUGGUACGGACAGACAUCACACAGCAGCAGCCCCAGCCCACACUCAAACACAGCCCUGCACACCCACAGCAAUCCACACGCAAGUCCUCAUGGAAACACACACCCUAAUUCACUCUCUAACCCGACCGCAAACACGCACACCCAAAUGAGUGACCCACAGCAUCAUAGCCACACAAACCUGAGCUCACACACCAGUAUUCAUCCAGCCUCACACCUCCAGAGCAGUCAACCCCACCUUAACACUCACCUUCCCUCCCACGCGCACCCCAAUCCCAGCCCUGGCCUGCACCCCCACUCAACACCUGGGUUGUACGAGGAACGGAGCCCUCCCUCUGCUAUGGCUCCUCACAAGCGGGAUUUGGUCCCUCACAGCAUGAGCACAGGUCUUCGCCAGGGCCCCCUCCCUCAUUCUCCGUACUCCAAACGUCCUCUAGAUGCCUCGCCUGUUCAGGAGGACACCUGUGGCUACUCUAUGCCACAACAAUCCUACCAGGGCAUGGGACAUCGCUACCCCUCCCAGACCUCUCAGGGUGGAGGCGUUUUGUGCCAGCUCCUGGAGCCAGCCAGUGAUGAUAGCUUCAGCGUCACCAGCCUGUAACAGCAGGUUCAACUUAAGCUUUUACAGAUUUGCAAACAUAUUUUUUAAGGGGACUUCUUUGUGAGAGACUGAACUGAAGGGUGAGAAUUUAGCUGCCAGCUCUGGACAGUAAAGCUUUAAUUCUCCAGCACUGACAAUCAAGAUCAACCCAUGAAGCUCAAGCAUGCACGUGUACAAAAACACAAGCACACACACGCACACUCGCUUAGAAAGAAAUGAAAUAGGCAAAUAAAAACACACAGAAACGCAUGUGCAGAUUAGUUCACUACCUUGCCAUGAUCAUGCGUGAGAACUCUGCCCUGGAAGGAGGAAGGGAUGUCAGACAAACUCCAGGCGCCCGUGGACGGAGACAAACCUAUUUCCCCAUUCCUUUGGGUCCUUCUGUGACACAUGCAGUAUUUCGCUGAGUACUUUCCAUUUCUGUUCUGCAGUAUAGACAAAUUAGGAUCACUCUGCUUUCUCUCUGUCUCUCACCCUUUCUGUCUUUGUCUCCAAAACUUCCCCAUUUACUGCUAAAGCCAGCUGCAAUGUUCUGCACUCAAACCACUCAACUGUCUUGUGCCGCAACCUGAGCCGCAUCUGAGCCUAAAAGACGACCUUUUUUUUUUUGUAUGUUUUUAUUUUUUGGGGAAAAACCAUGAACCUAGCCAAAUGUCUCGCUCUGUGCACUUCGUCUUGAUGUUUGUGUCCCAUUAAUAGAAAAAGCGGACUAAAAUCAGUUUCUGCUCUUGAAAUACCAGCAUCUGUACAUAUGACUUCAGCUCCAAGCCUGGAAGGGGGGAGAAGAUGGCAGGAGGGGGAAGCCAUCAUAAACUUUCCCCUCUUCUGCCACUUGCCAUGGUUUCUCUGCUCCGCUCUGAAGGAGAGGAGGAAGAGGAGUAGGAAGAGGACUGCAGCUUGGAGACUCAACAUCCUGUGUUUUGCUGUUUUAACUACAAGGGAAAGAGACACUGAAAUUACACAACAGCCCCAAAGAGACUCUUGGUUUUUGUUUUUUUGUUUUGUUUUUUUUGUAUGUGUGUGGACUCCAGACAGAGAAUGGAUUUGCGUGACUGCAGUGAUGCAUGUAUUUGUAGGUUUGUUUGCUUUUGUUUCCUAUAUAUGUGUGUGUGUUUAUGUGUGUGCGCCUGUGGGGUCAAAAGGAUUAAGGCUCCAGAGACGACAAAGUCUUGGCGGGGCUUUCUUUCUUUUAUCUUUCUUUCUUUCACUCUCUCCCUCCUUUUUUCUGUGGUCUUGUGUUGUUUGGUGGUUUUUGUGCUGCAAAAAAAUGAAAAGAAAAAAAGAUGAAUUGUAUAUCUGUCUGUUACAUAUCAUGUAUGUAUCUGAGGUGCAAAAUAUUUAAAUACACAUUACGUUC